UUGGGACUUGGGAUACCAGCGCCAGCGGCUAUCCGCUCCUGUUCUCGAAGCCUCGUCGCGCGGGGGCGGCGAAUCCAAUGGAGGGCGAGGACGAGCUCACUGUCAGCGGAGGCGUGCCCAUCCGGCCGCCGCGGCUGGAGGACGCGGGGCUCGAGGACUGCGCGCUCCCUCCGGAGUCCAUCGCCGAGGCCUUCUCCCUCGCCGCCGCGGCCGUCGCCUCACGCCUCGCCCGCCUGCCCUUCUCCCAAGACUCCGACGACGACGACGAGGGCCGCGUCUCGGCACCAAUCCGAGGAGGCUGCGUGGAUGACGCCGGACCCGACCGCGGGGCCGCCCCUGACGCCCUUGUUGGCGGCGGCGUCGCGGGCGACGGCGGCGCCGAUGAAGUGGUGGUCGUCGGCGGAGGGCGCGGAGGCGGAUACGAGGACGCGGUGGUGGUCGGUGGGCGCGGAGAAGAGGAGGAUGCAGUCGUCGUUGUCGGGGAACGGCGCGGGGAGAAGAAGCUGGGGAAGGAGGAUGGAUGCGUCGAGGGGGUCCGGGAAGGCGUCAGUGAACCCAGACGGGCGCAAGGCGACGAGGGCGAGGAGGCGGCAGAGAAGGCGAUCUUGGUGCCGGAUUUCGAUUGAACUGCUCAAUUGCUGAUCCCUGAAGUCUAGUAUCUGGCUAUAGCUUGGGCCAAGCAGGUUUCUGGCAGUGGACAUCGGUAAAGUGCAGGGGCUUGCUGGUAGCUAAUGACAGUCAUCAGCCACCACACAAGUACAGGAGUUAGUAUAUGAUCGAUGGCCCCUGCGGCGCUGUGUUGACGCGCACCGUACCCGUUGGAUUUCGCCUCUAGUUUUAAGAUUUUUUUUUAUCACCAUUUCACAAAACAAGGAUGUAUAAUAAUGGAUCUUUUUUUUUGUUAGUGCCAUGUAUGUAAAGCUUUGUAAAGUAUUUGCAGCUUUGUAAAGUUUGAUGGCCCUUUCUUUAAACGAUACACCGACGACCGAUCGAUACCUGAGGUAUCGUUGUCACAGACUCAGCUUUGUAAUGCUUUCUUCAAAUUUAUUGCUUCAGUUCCAAAUU